GUCAAAAGUACAUGUCAUUCACAUCAUUUUAUUUUGUGAAAUCUAAAAUCGAGUUGAUUUUGUGUAAAAUAUUCAAAGGUGGUGGCACUGGACAUGUGCAGCUCCGUUUUCCGGACCAUUGUGUUGAAAAACUGAUUAUUGAGUGGCAACUUAUAGUUUUGUGUUAUUGUAUGGUCAUCAAAAUUUCACAUAAUAUUAUUUUUCUAUAGAUUUCUUCGACUUUAUUGCUUAUGUGUUAAAAUUGAGGGAGAAAUGUGUUUUACUGGAUACACACGGGACAUUAUGUGACUGUCCAUAUCUUUGUAGUGUUCAGUGAUUGGUUUUCUAUUUUGGACUGAAUAUGGGGCUAAAUUUAUAACGGGAUAUUGUACUUUUGUGAUGAAUUACAUCCGAGAGGAGUAGAAAUUGCAUAUAUGGAUUCGAGGAUAGUGAAGAAGCAUCGCAUAAAAGUAGUGUCGAGCUGCUCGUACCAGUCUUACAGCGUUUUGGAAUAAUCCAAAAUAUCUGCUAACGAUACCGAACAAUGUGCUCCGUCAAGCGCCGUCCACUUCAACCGAAAACUGAUUUGAACUCUAGCAAGAACCCCAGAGUAGUUAAACCACAGAUUAAAAAGAAUUCCAAUCUGACGAAUCAAAAUAAAAAAAAGAAAAACCACGAGCUUAAAAACAUUACAGCUACACCCACCCUGUGUUCUUCGGAAAUCGAAAUUUAAGGACAAUCUAACUUUUUUAACUGACAACAGUUUUCCCGUCGACAUCUGGGAGUUUUAGAUUUUUUCUGAACAAAAGCUUUAACUAGUGUUUUUGGACGAAGAUUCUAAAUAAAAAAAAAUAGUUGCCUUCUAAUUGUAGUACGUAGUGUCUAUACCUUCGUUGGUCCAACACCUUUAAUGUGUAAAUGUAAUUAUAGUUCCCAGUGAAUGAUGUAUUGAUGUGUGAAAUUAUACGAUUAUUUUAGAGAAGUCAUAUACUGAAUACUAAUAUAAAGGGUACACAAUGGAGAAGUCUGAGGUAGAAAAGAUCUGCCUUGACGAUGGGCCGCUUAGUAGGAGCCGGAGUUUCAAAACGAAGCAACUGGUGCGUAGCCAGGCGAUACGUGAGUCCCAGUCGCCGCCGCACACGUCGCCGGCGCACGGCCGCGCGCCGCGGUGCGUUCCUAGCGCCAGCGGGGACGCCAGCGACACCUCCAGCCCCGCCAGCGACAUCGGCAGCGAUGAUAGGAAGAAACAUGUUGAGAUACAGAUAAGUGGUGGUGGAUGGGAGUGCGAGCAGUUGGAGCAACGGCAACGCGCGCAGUUGUGGCCGGGCCGCGCGCCCGACCUGCUCUCCUACAACCCGCGCGUUGCUUGCGUGUGCGGCGCCUGCGGGGCCUGCCCGCAAUGCAAAGGUCGGCGACGGAAACCGGUGUGCCCGAAGCAGGACUCCGGCAUCGUCUGUUCCGAUGAAUGCCCGGAUUGUUCAGAUUCAGAGCAGACAGGGAGUCCCAAGGAGGUUCCGAAGAAAUCAGCUAGUCUUGAGGCUGAUGACACUUAUUAUUGCAGGUGUCCGGAGAGGAAAGAGAAACCCAGGACUAUUUUAUUAAAUAGAACUGAUUCUGACGAUAAAUUGGAGCCAACUGGACCUGAGCUGGUGGACUUCAUCAAGGAGACACUGAACAAGAAUUCACGGGACAGACUGACGCUGCUCAAGAUUGAGAAGGAGCUGCAUAAUCUGGUCAAUGAUACGGGUCGUUGCAUAGUGCGGUUCCCAGUGAUGACGUCAUACGGGCGCAUGCUGGUGCACCGCUGCGCCGCGCUGUUCCAGCUGUCGCAUCACAUCGACCAGAACAACAAGACCUGCGUCAUGGUCUCCAAGACUGGCACGAGCGGCGGCCGCAUACCGUGCACUAAUUUCAAGGAGUGGUGCACUACCGUGUUCCCCCCCAGCCCGCAGCACCGCCGUGAUGAUACCCUCGCCAAGUCGAUAUUGAAGCGUUCGUCUGCAGCGGGCGAGGAGGCGUGCGGCGCGGCGGGGGGCGCGGCGCGCAGCAAGUCACUGGAGCAGCGCGAGCGCGAGUACGAGCGCGUGCGCAGGCGCAUAUUCAGCUCGGAUAAUUGUACGCAGGACGAGACGCAGUGGCCGUGGCUCGCCACCGGACCUGUUAAACUUCUGACCUCCGAGGGACGCAAUAAACUUAUUAAAGUGCAGUCCCUGGAGAGCCGCGGCGGGGAGAGCGCGCGGCGCGGCGCCGUCUCCAAGAGUCAUAGCUUCGGCGGGUACGCCGCGGAGCCCCCCAACACGCGCCUGCUCAGCAAACAAGGUGACCUCGCGUCGAGCAGUUGGCGACUGUCUCCCUCCAGCUCCGGCUACAAGACGCUCAGCUUAAGGAGCACCGACUCUGUCACACCUUCGCCUACAGGCGGCGCGAGCCCGGAGCCGGGUGCUUUGGGCGCUAUGGGUGCUAUGGGCGCUAUCGGCGGUGUGGGCGCGAUGGGCGGGGAGGGCGCGGAGUGCGCGGAGGGCGGGACCCUCGUGUGGGCAGUGACAGACCUGGCCGCAGUACCUCCCGGCGCCCUCGUCAUACACCCACAGACUGGUCGUCCGCUGACGAACCCCGACGGCAGCGUGUACCACUUCGACCCCGCCAACCCGCCGAUAGUUCACGACACAGGAGUCUUCCUGCACAACGAACAGUACAAGAUCGAUCCCAAUAACGAGAAGAGAAGAGGCAGGUUAGAAAAACAACACUCCUUUAUGGACAAUGAAUGCGAGUGCCAAUCGGAGGAGUGCCGCACCAAGUGCUGCUGCGAGUGUCGCCGGCAGGACAGCGCUGCCAACACUAAUGAUGCUCCAGCACUUGAGGAGAAAACAAUCUCUGCCCCUCCUAGUCCGAGUAAAAGUCUACAGAAACAAACCAUCGAUAACGAUAAUUCACAAAUUGAUAGCAAUCAAUACGAGCCAACCGAUAUGGUUAACAAUCAACCAACCAACCAAUACGAACACCAAAACGAAUUUCAACCAUCAGCCAACCAGUACGAGCAAAAAGAAUUUCAGCCAUCAACUAACCAAUAUGAACAUCAGAAAGAAUUUCUACCAUCCCCUAUUCAAUACGAACAUCAGAAAGAAUUUCAACCAUCAAUCAACCAAUAUGAGCACCAAAAAGAAUUUCAACCAUCAACCAACAAAUACGAAAAUCAGAAAGAAUUUCAACCAUCAACCAACCAAUAUGAGCAACAAAAAGAAUUUCAGCCAUCAACCAACAAAUACGAACAUCAGAAAGAAUUUCAACCAUCAACCAACCAAUAUGACCACAAAAAAGGAUUUCAACCCUCUAUCAAACAAUACGAGCACCAAAAAGAAUUUCAACCAUCCCCUAUGCAAUAUGAUCACCAAAAAGAAUUUCAACCAUCAACCAACCAAUAUGAGCAACACAAAGAAUUUCAACCAUCUACUAUUCAGUAUGAGCAUCAAAAAGAAUUUCAACCGUCAGUCAACCAGUACGAGCAAAAAGAAUUUCAACAGCCAAACAACCUAUAUGAACACCAGAAAGAGUUUCAACCGUCAACAAACUUAUACCAAAAAGAAUUUCAUCAACCGAUCAACCAAUACGAGCAAAAAGAAUUUCAUCAACCAACCAACCAAUAUGAACAAAAAGACUAUCAUCAUCAAACCAACCAAUACGAGCAAAAAGAAUUUCAUCAACCAACCAACCAAUAUGAGCAAAAAGAUUAUCAACAUCAAACCAACCAUUACGAGCAAAAAGAAUAUCACCAACAAGCAAACCAAUACGAGCAAAAAGAAUAUCAUCCACGAUCAUAUGAGGCACAAAAAAUUUAUGAUCCAAAUGAAAGUCCGAUGUCGAUGUCCAACGUGGUUUAUCCUUCGCCGAUGCCGCAAGGUUACCCCUACGUCAAUCAAUGCAGAAUGGAUGCGCCGCUGCAGCCGGUGUACCCGCAGCUGAUGCCGCUGGAGGAGCACAAGCACGCCGGCGACAACACAUUCCGCAUCGAUCCGAGUUACCCGUACGCGGCGGACUUCAGUGCAGCGUGCGGGGCGUGCGCGGGCGCCGGCGCCUGCGACCCCGCCAUGCAACAACCUCCUCGCGGUUACAACAUGCCGUACGGGCAAGUGGAGAUGCAGCAGUAUCCUGUCGGCAACGUAUUAGUUCCCCAGCAAGUACAGCACUAUCCUAUCGGGUACGGCGAGGCGGUGCAGUGGGGCGUGCAGCCGCAGCCCAAGCUGCUGGUGCAGGAGCUGUACCCGGUCGUCUACCCCAACGUCUACCCGCAGUACAACGUCGUCUAUCCACCGAAUCCAAUAAUGGUAAGAAACCGAAUCUUACGAACAUUAUUCAAGUUUAGUACUAUAUUAAAAUUGUUAAGUUUUAUCACAGUACAGAUGUUAUUGUAUUUAUUUGUCAGGCGGCCGGCAGAAGACACGCAGCUGACUUCGGCUGCCCGCGCUAUCGUUAACUCGAUACGGAGUAUACAAGCACGGAAUAAUUACCAUCACGACGGUCGUCGUAGUUUUGACUACAGUAAUCAGUACCGCGAGCGCGGCCGCAGACACGACAGGGAAGAUAAAGAUAAACCCCCCUUCAAGAAAGCGGACACAUUUGAUGGCAAGCCUGAAGGAGAGAGGAGAUUCGAUGGCAUACCACGGAACAGGAAUUUCAACCCGCUGCCAUUUCAGUACAGACCCCCGUAUUUACUGAGACAGAUGUCACCCGGCGCUUGGUGCAGGCGAUCACCUGGACCAGUACAUCCAGUUUUAGGCCAUCCGAGGCGACCGCAUCCGGACACGAGGAACGGCAGGCGUUAAACCAUAACUUAUCUGAAAAACAUACAAACAUUAACCUGCAAACAUAUCCCUGCCCGUACAGCGGAGUACACGACACACAGACAAAUUAUAUAUGUAUAUUUGUACACAAAGUCAUUGUAAAAACGUAUACAAAAAGUACAGCAUUGUACACAAAAUAUAUAAAUAAAUAUAGUCUUUAAAUAUUUUUGAAGUCAAUAGUAAUUAGAGUAGUGAAGUAGAAUACAAUAAUAUUAAAAAUAUCAUAUAUACUAAAAUAUUUCCUUCUAUGUGUUUUGGUGAAAUAACAAUAAUAAAUACAGUACAUAAAAAUUAGGUAUAAUUUGUUUCUCAUCUGAUUUUUUUUUUCUAAUUUUAAUUUAUUUAUGAUAUAUUUCGAUUUACUAUGUGCAGUCCGCUGUACGGAUUUUCAUUGGAAUAUCAAUAAAACGCAUACACUUAUUUUUCAGUCAUUUUACAGUACAAGUUAUUUCACAAUUUUAUUUGAAUGAGACAACUUAUUAGUUUUGAUAUUCUGAAUUGUAGUCACUUUAAUUUCCAAUCAGGACUCGCGAUGUGAAAUAUGUUAGUGUGGGUUUUCAUCGUCAGAUACACUGUUAGAAACAUUUUCAUUGCUCAUUGUUUUUGUUUAAUCUGAGACAUGUUUUAAUAUAGUUUCGUCAGUGAAAACUCAGAGAAAACAAAAUGGCGGAAAUUGAAUACGUUCACAUCUCACACCUGUGUUUAAAUUACAGUUUAAAAUAAAAUUAUAAUGAAAAAUAUAGAUGUGAUUAAAUAGAAUAUCUUUCAGGCUUCAAAUUCUUCGCUGCUCCCGUACAAAAUAUAUUUCUAGAUGUAAGUAGAAGGAAUCUUCGGACAUGACAAGAUCUCAAGAUAAAACGCGAACUAGUCAUUUUUUUUUAAAUAAAACACAAUGCGAAGCAUUUAGACUUAGUUUUUUUUAAUUUAGUUUUCGGAUAUCCGCAAGCUUCCUUCCGCUGUUACGGACAUCGAUCUGUUAUUCCUUAUUUUUUAUAAGUUUUUCAAAUUGAAAAAACGUGAAUUUAAACGGUAUAUCUUAGAUGAUUUUCUAACGGAAUUAGGGUUAUACAGAUGUCAAAAGACUACUAAAUCUUAAAUCUCCGCUUUGACAGUUGUCACGCGGUGUUGCCAUUUGUUUUUAAAUAAUACUCCGUAUAGUGUUCUAAUUCACGUUUUUCAAAUAUUGUGAUGUUUGUUAAUUAUUUUAUAACUAAGUUUAUCUCUUGCGUAAGGUAGUUGGUAAUUUUGUUUAACCGCAAAUGUAAAUUUAACUUUACUUAAGUAUUAUUUAAUAACCUCUUAUUAAGUUAACAGAAUAUGUCAACAUUGUAAUUUUGUAUUUACAUUUGCGUUUGAACAUAAUAUAGUUAACUACGAAGCGGCGUUGUACAAUUAAGUUAUUGAAAAAUAAUUAUUUUUCGGUUAAACUUAAAAUUUACGUAAAUCGUAAGUGUAACUUAAAAUAUUUUAGGAGU